AUGACUCAGACUCCGCCUGUCCAGGUGCUGCUCGCCGUCGCGCUCGCGGCCGCGGACAAGGCCACCGUGACGACGUCGCCGCUGCAAGCCGAGGGCCGCGGCGACCCGGAGCGCGACCUGCAGGACAUGGAUGGCGACUCCACCGACACCAAGAUGAUGGCGGCGGGUGCGGGCGCGGGCGCCGCCGCCAUGCACGGCCACGGCAAGUUCUUCCAGGACUUCUACUCGCUGCAGUACGGGCCGCGCCAGGUCGAGUUCGGGCACGUGUGCGAGGACCCCAACGAGUGGGAGCAGCGCUUCGAGCGGAAGGACUUGGACAAGUCGCACCACCAGGGCCAGGUUCGCUGGGGUGACAAGCACGGGGGCUACGGAGAGCACUACUGGGACUACAACCACGGUGGCCACCACGGCGAUGGUGACGGCGGCGGCGAAGGGAGCGCCCCAGUGCCGGACAUCGCGGAGCAGGUCGACGACGCCCCUCGGCCGCAGUACAAGCGUCAGUCCUUCUUGGACCAGUCGGGGGCGGCGUCGGGGGUGGCGGCGUCCGGGGCCGAGUCGCCGGGGGGCCGGCGGGCCUACCGGAAGAAGUACGUGGCCAGGCCGACGACCACCACGGUGGCGCCCACGCACCCCGUGCCGCGGCCCAGGACGACCUCGCGGCCACCGCCACAGCGGCAGCCGCCCUCGCCGCCGCCCACCGUCGGCAUGGCCGCCAAGUCCAGCAAGACGGCCUUCUUCCCGGCCGACUUCCCCGGCAGCGUGUUCCAGGGCGGCGUGCCCACCUCGGCCACGACGGCGGCCCUCGCGCCCCGAAACGCCCGCCAGACGCCGGGGCAGACGCAGGACGCCGCAGGACUCGUGCGGAGGCUGGCCUUCGACCCCCGCACCGGCAGGGUCCACGACGAGGACACGGGGCAGGUCUUCGUCCUGCAGCCCGUCAGCUGA